CAUUUCAGCUCUGCUAAAACCGAAGGGGGCAUCCUAAUUACGGAGAUGGCUCAUGUGACCACCGGUGACAAGCUGUUUUACUGUAGUCCAAUACGCUGCUGCUGCUGUUGAUGAUGGAGGGAGUGCUUUUUCCUUCUGCUAGUCUUGACGAAAAGUGGUGAGACAUAAGGGGAAACACAGUCAGGCGGCUCGUCUUGUGCGUACAGAGCCAGGGGUACUUCAACGGAUUUCAUCAACAUGGCUUGGAGAGGAGGGAGAACACGGUCGUUUUAUCGACCAAUCCAGUUUUUAUACUGAGGCUGGUAUUGUUUUUUGACUGGAGGACUCAGAGGAAAAGAAAAGGUGAUGACCUGGAUGUUGCCAUGUGAAUGACUGAAGACCAUGAAACCCAAACACAAGCUGCUGUUCAUCCUAUGCACCACACUGGUCCUGACCUUUAUUUUCUACGCCUCCUGGAAGCUACGUGUAAACAUAUGGGGUCCGCAGCCUCAUAUUGUUUCACGAGACAGAGUCCCGACUAAAGGUCCUGAAGUGAAAAGAAUUACAGAGGUGGUAACAGACAACGUGGGAACAAAAGGUGGCUCAGAGUUUGAUAAGCUCGGCUUUCGGCUGCGGCUGGACACAACACUGCCACCAGAAUUGACAUCCAAGUACGGUAACCUCAGCAAAGGAAUGUGCAAGCCUGGAUACGCAGCAGCCAAGAUGACCACCAUCUAUCCUAAGUUUAUACCAAAAGUUCCCAUGUUUCUUGAUAAGAACUUUAGACAACUACGAAAACUCAAGGAUUUAUUGCCUCCAUUUGGUUUCAGAACACAAGAAAAAAAUAUAGAUGUAAUUUUAGCUGCCACGAAGUAUUAUGGACUUGGAAAUGAGCUGGACAGUCUCAGCUGUAAAAGAUGCAUCAUUGUGGGCGGCGGGGACAUCCUGUCCAACAAGUCUCUGGGCUCCAUUAUAGAUGACUAUGAUGUUGUAGUGAGGUUAAAUGGAGCACCAGUAAGUGGUUAUGUCAAGGACGUAGGGACAAAAACCACAAUGAGGAUUUCCUAUCCAGAGGGACUCAGCCAUAAGCCUGAAAAAUAUGACAAAGGCUCACUCUUUGUUUGUUCUCCUUUCAAAUCCCUGGAUAUAAAGUGGCUACAUCAUAUGGUCUUCAAGAGGAGUCUGAGGAGUACAGAGGGGUUUUGGAAAUCAGUGCCUCAGCAAGUGCUUCAUGAGCCGACCAGGAUUAGAAUCCUCAAUCCCCACUUCAUCCAGGAAGCUGCCUUCCAGUUCAUAGGUCUGCCCUACAACAAUGGCGUAAUGGGCAGAGGGAACAUUCCAACUUUAGGAACAGUUGCCAUCACGAUGGCACUGCAUAACUGUGAUGAGGUGGCGGUGGCAGGUUUUGGCUACGACAUGAACGCGCCAAAUGCACUUUUGCACUAUUACGAGUCUGUCAAGAUGUCUGCCAUUAAAGAGUCAUGGACACACAACAUAUUCAAGGAGAAGGAGUUCCUCCACAAGCUGGUGAAGGCUAAUGUUAUCACAGACCUGACCAAAGGUAUCUGAGUUUACACCCACUCUCAGUCUCCUUCUGCCUUUCCCAAGGGGCUACGAAACAGGAAGCUGGGAAACGAAUCGAGGAGAAAGAACCCUUAGAAUCCGGGUGGCCCACGUGCUGCCAGAGUUUUUAUAUCAAAGGAGAUUCUUUUAAAGCAAGAUAUAAGAGGAUGGAGAGAUGGACACAUGUGGCUUCUGAACCAAAAACCCCUGCUGACUGAACAAGGACUGGAUCGUCCUGGUUCCGCAGGAAAGCUCUGCCGGCCCCGCGCUUCAGCGUAUCACAAGUUAAUUAUAAAAGCAGAGGUGUUGUAUCAGCAUGCAGAUGUCAGAGUUUAGCUUAAUUGAGGAAGGAAUCCUGGAGAACUGGAUGAAGAGGACUGUACCAGAGAGCGUGCAGUGAUGGGUGGAGUGUUAGCAGUGCUAAUCGUACCUCGGGAGAUGGCAUGCUCCUCUCCCUUUGCUGCCUGAAUGUAUUCACUUUCCUCAGUGUAAAUAAACAUGUAAGAAGCUGCAGCAACCACCCCCACUAUCAUCACUAACCAUCCUCCAUUCAUUCAUUCACUUUACCAUCUGUCUAGGGUCCAGAAUCGGUGUUUGCCAGGCCAGAUGGCAGCAGAUAAAUCAGUGAGGGUCACCAGCCACACAGACAGGUGUCACUUUGAGACACUAGCCUUCGAGUGUUAAGUGAGUUAAUAUACAAGUUUCAAGGUUUCAGUGUUUGUUCUCAUCAAGUUAGAGGCCGCCAAAAAGAAGAAUGGGGAGAUGAAUAGCAGAUUCAUUAUUUAAAAGUGUUAAGUUUGAGUUAAACUUACUGUUUUUUAGGUUUGUAAGAUUUUCUACUUUACACAGUAUUGAACAAGUGUGUUAUACGUGGAUUAAAGUAUCUUAAUUGUUUAGGGUCAGUGUAAAUUAUUUUUGUUGUAGACUUCUAUUGUUUUAAGUCAGCCAGCUCUGUCAGGUGAGCCCUGUAGUAAAAUCUGGACACCUCA